ACUGCGUCACUGAGAAGAGAAUCGAUACGCGCAUGCGUCUAGAGAAGUGUCUACUACACGCCGCAAUGCAUUCGCUAAAGGGGCGUGCAGCUCAGUAUUUAGCGCUUGUAUGUAGCAGUUUAGCAAAAAUAAAACUGAAAUGUGUUUGAGACUACUAAAAAUACGGUGUUCGCGUUUUACGCUCAGGCAGUUCUAAAUGUCGCUAUAUGACUAGAUUGUACACCGUGGUUUUAACUUAGUAGCUAACCAUACUAGAUACCCGGAAGCGAGUUGCAGGCGUUACCUAUCUGGAUAUGUAACUUCGUGUUUUUCCUAAACAAAUUCGAAUAAUUUCUGUAAAAUGAACUCAUGAACGUAUGGCCGUCCUCAUGUAGCGUCUGGGAGCGAGAGGCGAGAGUCGUUUUGAAAUGGACGUGAGGACAGUGGUCCAGUUCGCGGCGUUCACAAGAGUCUUGACAUUAGUGUUGCAGGCUGUGUUUAACGCGCUGAUUCCAGACCACGCUGCUGAUGCCUUCAGCCCGCCGCGAGUGGAGGAGGGGGGGGCGCUGGACGGGGUGGUGGAGGCCCUGCUGGGGGGGCUGUCCCGGUGGGAUGCCGAGCACUUCCUGUUCAUCGCCGAGCGCGGCUACGUGUUCGAGCACAACCACGCCUUCUUCCCGCUGCUGCCGCUGGGCCUGCGCGCCACGGCGGGGGUCCUGCGGCCGCUGGCCGGCUGGCUGUCACUGCGAGGGCGCCUCCUGCUGGCGGUGGCCGUGCUGAAUAGCGGCCUGUUCGUCCUGAGCGCCGCGGCGCUGUACGGGCUGGGCCGCGCGGUUCUGCGUGACCGUCGCCUGGCGCUGCUCUCCAGCCUGCUCUUCUGCCUCACGCCCGCCAACGUGUUCCUGGCGGCCGGCUACUCAGAGGCGCUGUUCUCCGCGCUGACGUUCGCGGGGCUGGGGGCGCUGGAGGGGGGGGCCCCGCUGCGGGCCAGCCUGCUGCUCUCCCUGGCCACCGCCUGCCGGGCCAAUGGCCUGGCGAACACCGGCUUCCUGGUCUACCUGCCAUUGCGCUGGGGGCUGGCCCAGGCCGGGGGGGUCUGCAGGGGUGCGGGGGGGCUGGGCAGGGGGCUGCGUCUGGUGGGCGUCGGCCUACGCUUCCUGCUCACGGCGGCUGUGGGCUGCGUCCUCGUCGCGCUCCCCUUCGCCGUGUUCCAGCUGUACGGCUACCGCACCUUCUGCACCCCCUCCCUGCUGCCCGAGGAGGUGCCCCCUGCCCUGCUGGCACUGGCGCGGGUCAAAGGUUACCGGGUCCCCGACGCCACCCAGCCGCCCCCUCCCUGGUGCCACGCCCGGCCCCCCCUGCUCUACUCCUACAUCCAGGACGCGUACUGGGAUGUGGGCUUCCUGCGCUACUUCCAGCUCAGACAGACCCCCAACUUCCUGCUGGCCCUGCCUGUGGCCCUGCUGGUCGCCAUGGCAGCCUGGACAUACGCCGCCGCCAGCCCCGCCCUGUGUCUGCGCCUGGGGCUGUGGGGGGAGCGGCUGAUGGGGGGGGCGGGGAAACCGGCCUCUGGAUUCCUGAACCCCAGAGUGUUCGUGUACGUGGUGCACGCUGGAGUCCUCCUGGCGUUCGGCUUCUUCUGCAUGCAUGUGCAGGUUCUGACCCGGUUCCUGGCCUCCUCGUCCCCUGUGCUUUACUGGUUCAGUGCGCACCUCCUCCUGCACCAUGAGCCCCUUCUGCAGGAGGAACAGCAGCAGGAGCAGCAGCAGGAUGAGCUGCAGGAGGAGCAGCAGCAGGAUGAGCUGCAGGAGGAGCAGCAGCAAGAGCAGAAGCAGAAGGAGCAGGGCUCCUCUCUGCACCUCCCCAGGGUGGUAUGGGGAGGCCUGUCCCACAACCCUGUCACCCAUCUGCUGCUCCAGUGGAGGUGCUGCUCCACCCUCUCCCGCUGGCUGCUGGGAUACUUCACCUCCUAUUGGCUGCUGGGCCUGGCACUACACUGCAACUUCCUGCCCUGGACCUGAUCCAGACCUGUCGCCUUGCGGCUGUGUGAUUAUAGCAUUUAAACUGCUAUUUCUGUGCUAACAGGGCUGUAGCAGGGAUUAUAGCACUGAAACUGUAGCAUUUAAACUGUGCUAACAGGGCUAGCAGGGCUCUUCCCUUUCACACACACAUGCUAUACGGCCAGAUGCUGAGCUUCCCUGAUGGACUUGCAGUGCUCUGUGUGGAAAAGGGCCUGCGUAUGUUCUGAGACCAUGAAGCUGCACAGAGUAACUGUGCCCUCCACAGUGCAGUGCGUCUUCCCUGCCUUCACAGAUCUCCUCAGGGAAACACUCCCACUGAGACACACCCACUGAACACCUCACUCCCACUGAACACCUCACUCCCACUGAGACACUCCCACUGAACACCUCACUCCCACUGAGACACACCCACUGAGACACGCCCACUGAACACCUCACUCCCACUGAGACACUCCCACUGAACACCUCACUCCCACUGAACACCUCACUCCCACUGAGACACACCCACUGAGACACGCCCACUGAACACCUCACUCCCACUGAGACACACCCACUGAGACACGCCCACUGAACACCUCACUCUCUCUGAGACACGCCCACUGAACACCUCACUCCCACUGAACACCUCACUCCCACUGAGACACACCCACUGAGACACGCCCACUGAACACCUCACUCCCACUGAGACACACCCACUGAGACACGCCCACUGAACACCUCACUCUCUCUGAGACACCCCCACUGAACACCUCACUCCCACUGAGACACUCCCACUGAACACCUCACUCUCUCUGAGACACUCCCACUGAACACCUCACUCUCACUGAGACGCCCAUAGAACACCUCACUCUCACUGAGACGCCCAUAGAACACCUCACGGGAAGGGCUUUUCUGCUGCUGAAUGUGCUUUUCACAGAAAUGGGACACUUUUUGUAUGACCAAAUAAAACAUUUUGAAUACAUUA